GUCCAGUCCCCUGUGUCCAGUGUCCAGUCUCUCUGUGUCCAGUGUCCAGGCCCCAGGCCCCGCCAUGCCGCUGUCCCAGGCCGCGCUACACACCGUCUACUCCUGGAUCGACCAGGUCCCGCUGUCGCGGCCCAAACGCUGCAUCGCCCGGGACUUCAGCGACGGAGUUAUGGUUGCAGAAGUGGUGAAGCACUUUUUGCCCAGACUGAUAGAACUGCACAACUAUAUCCCAGCAAAUGCUACCCAGCAAAAAAUAAGUAACUGGCAGUUAUUAAACAGGAAGGUAUUUUCCAAAUUUCAUUUUCAUAUUUCGGAGGAAAUGCUGAAAAAGUUGGUCAAGAGUUCUCCUGGAAAUAUUGAACUGGUUUUGUAUACAUUGAGACAGAAGAUCGAGGAGGAACUCAGUGUGAAACAAGAUGUGGAAGAUUACACUAAUGAAGCUGCUUAUAGUUUUCCAGAUUACAUUCAUGUAGGCAUGCCACAAUUUGCAAACGGAUGCCAAUCCAACCCACAACCAUGGAACAACAAUCAAAGAUCAUUGUGUGAGCAGUACUCCCACUUGGAUCCUGCUGUACGUCUCUUACUAGAGGAGAAAGAUCAGGCUCUGUUGGCUUUCCGGGAGACUGUGGAGAUUCUGCAGAUGAAAGUGCUGAGACUGGAGCAUCUGGUUCAGCUGAAGGACCUGAGGAUUGAUGAAUUGACAAGGCAUUUGAAAAAACAGGAAGCAAAUUAACAGUAACUAAACUGAGAGAAACCAUGAACAUCUGUGUGGACAAAGAUUUGAUAAAACUUAUAUCUGUUUAUGUUGAAGCA